CAGCUCUGUCCUGCUUCGGAUCUCUCUGGCUUUCAAUCCCCCAUUUCAUUUGUUCUUUGUAAGGCAAUAGUGAACAAAGUGUAUGGAGGUUCAGCAUAAGCAGCCGCCUAGAACACAGAUCCUGGAUGGCAAUUUCCAAUUCCUCCGCUGGAAGGUGUGGCAUAUUGGAUUCAAAGCACUGGAGUGGCAGAUUUUCAACUUGCAACCUGGCUAAUUUCCUGCUUCUUCUGGCACCAAAAGGAGGGCGAUUCGUCUCCUGUGCAGCCAAAGCGACAGCUGUCAAAGUAGCAGGGGCUCCUUCGAGCCAGAACCUAAAGGCUACGUGUGCCUCCUGGUCAUUCAAAUUGUCAGUUUUAGGUACAGAAGUAUCCAAAUCACAAGUUCUCAGUGUUCUAUGAAAAAUGGCUCCUUACAAGUCAAGCCGUUCUGAAAGGCAUUCUCUUGGAAAAAGUCUGUGAAGACGCAAAGGAUUUUCCUGGAAAAAAAAAAGUGGUCAUGUGUAAAGACACAGCAUCUUGGCUGUCUGCUAAAAAAAUGUAUACUGUCUUGGUGGAGAAUCAGCCCCGGACUUCAAAAUAUCACAUGGCAGGUUAUCAUCAUUUAAGGCAUUGCUUGUUGCUUAUUUACAGAACCCCAGUGCACCGAAAAAGACGAUUUACUGAGCGAUAACAGCAAGAAACAAUUCAGUCCACUGUUAGAAAUUUUAGGAGGUCUACCAGGAGAGGCCAUUGGAGGAAGAACGUCACGUGACAGAGGGGUGCCAAUGUUAUUCUUUAAGGGUGUCAAGACCCUGUCAGUUUGUGAAAUAAAUAUUGGGAAACAACGAAAUGCAAAAAGCGACCUACUACGACAGCUCUGCAAUCUAUGGUGGCUACCCCUACCAAGGAGCAAAUGGUUUCACUUAUAAUGCUAGUCAGCAGCAAUAUCCUCCAUCUUCAUCACUUGUGGAAACUGAAUAUCAUCGACCUGCUUGCUCUUUACAGUCACCUGGCAGUUCUGUGUCCCACCAUAAGGCCAAUGAAAUCAAUGAGAGUUGCAUGAGGACCAUCACUAGCCAACCCAUUCAGCCCCCAGUUAUUUCAGAGCAGCAACAGCAACAGCCUCCAGCCCAGCAGGCACCACCUCCACCUCCACCGUCUGUCUCACCACCUCAAAAUGCCAGCAGCAAUUCUGCCCCAACUAACACUACCAAGAGCCCAGUUAUUAACUCACCCACCAUGUCCAAGCAAAUAUUCCCAUGGAUGAAAGAGUCUCGACAAAAUACAAAGCAGAAAAACAGCAGCUCCAGUUCAGGUGAGAGCUGUGCUGGUGAUAAAAGCCCUCCAGGGCAAGCCUCCUCUAAAAGAGCACGUACAGCUUAUACAAGUGCCCAGCUGGUAGAACUGGAAAAGGAGUUCCACUUCAAUAGAUACCUUUGCAGGCCAAGAAGGGUAGAAAUGGCUAAUUUGCUCAAUCUCACAGAAAGACAAAUCAAAAUAUGGUUUCAGAACCGCAGAAUGAAAUAUAAAAAGGAUCAAAAGGGAAAGGGCAUGAUGACCUCUUCAGGAGGACAGUCCCCAAGCAGAAGUCCUGUGCCUCCAGCUCCUGGGGGGUAUUUAAACUCUAUGCAUUCUUUAGUAAACAGUGUUCCCUAUGAGCCCCAGUCGCCUCCAUCAUUUAACAAGCCUCAUCAAAAUGCCUAUGGCAUCCCUGCAUCAUAUCCAGUUCCUCUCAAUAAUUGCCCCCCUCCUCAAAAGAGAUACACGGGGACAGCAGCGGUUACUCCUGACUAUGAAACUCAUCCUCUUCAAGGCAACAGUUAUGGAAAUCCACAUAUACAGGGAAGCCCCGUCUAUGUGGGGGGCAACUAUGUGGACACCAUGACCAAUUCUGGGCCUUCCAUCUUUGGUCUAACUCAUCUCCCUCAUCCUUCCUCUGCCAACAUGGACUACAGUGGGACUGGGCCAAUGGGCAACAAUCACCACCAUGGACCUUGUGAUCCACACCCAACAUACACAGACCUUACUUCUCACCAUCCUUCUCAGGGAAGAAUUCAGGAAGCGCCCAAACUCACCCAUCUGUAACAGACAGGAGUUACUAAGUGGAAUGAAGUCCCCAACUUUUUAAAAAGUACUUUCCACCCUCCCCUCCCAUCUCCCUCUAUUUUUUUUGUUUUUUGUUUUGUUUUGUUUGGUAAAACGUUCUAUAGUUUAUGUGACGUAGCAAUAUUUGUUGCUUGAAUUGCUCUAUAGUUUCAAUAGUGGAUAUUUAUCUUCUUGAACUGUAGCCUUGUGUCUCGCUUUGGGAGUAUACAUAGGCUUUAUACUUUACUUCUACACUUUUAUCAAAACAGGGUAUAUGAACAAAUUUUCUAUAACAAUAAUUCUGAAAUGUGAAUUUGUUCGUACAUGAUUGAUCCCACGGGGAAGCAAUUUUUUAUUGCACUUCUUUUAAAUAGCGAGAAAGAAAUCAAAGGCGCUUGAACAGGGGCUCCCUGGACAAUUAUUAAUACGUGUUAAGUCUUUCAAUGUGUGUAUGCUGGUGAACAUUCAGAUUAAUUUAUAUUUUUUUUGAAAACAUUGAAUAAUCUAAGUGUUUAAAAUUUUAUUUAUCCCCAUCUGUUCAUAUUUAUAUAUAUAUAUAAAAUUCUGUACCCUGAAUAUUCAGGAGGUAUUUACCUGGCCGUAUGUUAGAUGGCAUAUUGGCAUAAGUAGGAAAUAUCAUUUGAAAGGAAACUAUUACUCCUUUAUUUAAAAAUAUAAUAAUGCAAUAAAAUCUGAAAAAAAUGGAUCACAAAUUGAAUAAUUUAUGCUUGUAACAUCCAGCUAAAUGGAAAAUGUGUAAACCUGAAAAGACUAGAUUUGUUUUGAAAGUUAUACAUUCCUUGCUGCUCACAUUCU